UUGAAAAGUCGCCACGUGUAACCACAUUUCAUAUUCCCUUCCUCCUCAUCAAGCAAAAUCUCCGGCGAGAUUGAUCAUCAUUUUGUUUUUGUUACUCACUCUCGAGUCUCAGACAUGGCGGCCGCGAAGCUCGUGGCUUUGUUACUACUCUUCCUCUUCGUUUUCACCACCGGUGAAGAACGGACAUCCGCUGGAUCGGUGGAUUCCGCUUCGGAGAUUCAGUUAGAUCAGCUUAAUGCUAAAAUCCGUGCCCUAGAGUCCCAAAUUGAUGAGAAAAGUAGAGAAGUUAAAGGGAGAGAAGAGUUAGUAGCAGACAAGGAUAAACUUCUCCAUGAGAGACAGGACAAGCUUUCUUCCUUGGAGACUCAGCUUUCUUCCCUAAUGAAAAAGGGUUCAUCAGAUUCUGUGCAAGUGUUGGAAAAAGCAAAAGCAAAAGCUACUGAACUAGAGAAGCAGGUUGAAGUACUUAGGAACUUUCUGGAGCAAAAGAACAAGGAGAAAGAAUCGACUGAAGCUAGGAGAAGUGAAGCCGAUAAAAAGCUAAAUAAAUUGAACUCGAGACUGGAGAAACUUCACAAGACAAAGGAAGAGCAAAAGGGCAAAAUACGAAAACUUGAGCGUGCUCUUAAAAUUUCUGAGGAAGAAAUGUUGCGUAUGAGGCAUGAAGCAGCCACAAAGGCUAGGGAACUCCAGGAGGUUCAUGGCUCAUGGCUUCCCCAUUGGCUUGCUGUACACUGGGUUCAUUUCCAGACUGUUGCUGGGACACACUGGGAUGCCCACGGGAAACCGGUUAUGGAGAAAGUAACUCAAAAGGUGACACAAGCGAAGACUCAAGCUGAAAAGUGGGCGGAACCGCACAUGGUUAAUGUUAAAACUAAAUAUAUUCCAGCGAUAAAAGAAACUGUGAAAACGCAUGUUGAGCCACACGUACAAACACUAUCUACCAAAGCGAAAGAGGCUUACCAUGCUUCCAAGAGUGCUGUUACUCCACAUAUUGUCAAGUUUCAAGAACAUGUAGAUCCCUAUUACCAGGGGGCUAAAAAGUUUAGCAAACCAUACGUUGACCAAGUGGCCACGGCCACAAAACCACAUGUUGAUAAGGUGAGAGCUACCAUGAAGCCUUACACAAAGAAGGCUGUUCACUACUACAAAGAGUUUCUAAAAACCGCCACAACGUAUCACCAUCAGGUUCAAGCUAAUAUCGAGAGAAAAUUGAAGAGCCAUGAGCUGGCGGCACCUUUCGCCACCAAAGAGUUCAUUUGGUUUACAGCAUCUGCUUUGUUGGCGUUACCCAUCUUCGUAGUGUACAAAUUCCUCUGUUCUCUCUUCUGCACAAAGACAAAGAAGCCUACUCGACACUCUCAUCGCCAUGCUCGUCGUAGGGCCAAAAGGGAUCAUUCUGACAAGUGAAGUAACAUGAUUUGUACUACUUCCACUCAGAAAAAUUAGUUGUAGUGACAGGUUAUGAGGCGGUCUCUUUGUGUCUCAGCGACAGUCAUAUGUUGUCUAAACAGCCCAUGUUAGAGGGUAUCCAAGGGUAUGUUUUUUUGUUUUGUUGAAGCUCUCUGUGCAAAAGUGUUUCUUCACUCUGGAUGCCUUUUGGAUAAAGUUUUCAGUCUUAUAAUACAGAGAAGAUUAGACAAAUAUAAAGAGUAAAUCUAGUAAAGUCUUGGUUUGUAUAUUUUGUAAUUCAUGUGGAUGGAUUUGCGGACUUGUGCCACUCUUUUAAACCUAUCACUCUCGUCUUCAUUAUCUUUUC